UAACUUGAGAGAGGCGGUGUCUGAUUGGAGCUGCAUCGCUAGGCUCAUUACUCGAAACAUGAAGCCCGGUUUAUAUGGUUGAUUUGCUGUUGUGUGUAAGGCCGAUGGUCGUGGCGUGCAGCACAGCACAGCACAGCACAGCACAGCACAGGAUCAUGGCUGAGAUGCAGGCACUAGUGGAGCGCUUGGAGCGGGUCGUGAGUCGGCUGGAGACUGUGGCCGGUUCUGGGCAUGGCGAGGCAGGAGAUUCUGCUGCGUCCGGAGACGUGGCUGCGUUCGUGGAGAGUUAUGACUGCCUGCUGUCAGGCCCCGUGGCUGAGUACUACUCCCACAGCCAGCAGAUAGGGGGCGAUGUCCUGAAACACGCUGACAUGGUGAAGCUGGCUCUGACCUCACAGAGAGCGCUGCUGCUGAAGGCCUCGCGAUGCCAGAAACCGUCCGAGAGCGAGCUGGCUGCGCUGCUCAAACCCGCCUCCACUCAGAUCCAGCAGAUCCAGGAGUUCCGGGAGCAGAACCGGAGCAGCAAGCAGUUCAACCACCUGUCAGCUGUGAGCGAGAGCAUCCCCGCGCUGGGCUGGGUCGCCAUGAGCCCCAAGCCAGGCCCCUUUGUGAAGGAGAUGAACGACGCUGCCAUGUUCUACACCAACCGCGUCCUCAAGGAGUUCAAAGACACGGAUAAGAAGCAUGUGGACUGGGUGAAGGCUUACCUGAGCAUCUGGUCUGGACUGCAGGCUUACAUCAAGGAGCACCACACCACGGGCCUGGCCUGGAGCAAGACAGGUCCCAAGGCCUCUCCUGCUCCUCCAUCUGCUUGUGGAGCCCCGCCCCCUCCUGGCCCGCCCCCUCCUCCUGCUCCCGUCCAGUCCUCAUCUGGAGCCAGUGAGGACCGCUCCUCCCUCUUCGCUGAGAUCAACAAGGGCGCCAACAUCACCAAGGGUCUGAAGCACGUCGCCGAUGAUCAGAAGACCCACAAGAACCCGGCUCUGAAAGCCCAGGUGACUCCGGUCCGCAGCGGCCCCAAGCCAUUCAGCACCUCCAAACCAGCCGUCGCCACGAACAAACCGGCGGCCAAGAAAGAGCCACCCGUGCUGGAGCUGGAUGGGAAGAAGUGGAGAGUGGAGCACCAGGAGAAUGCGCAGGGGCUGGUGAUCAGCGACACGGAGCUCAAGCAGGUGGUCUACGCCUUCAAGUGCACCGGCAGCACCCUGCAGAUCAAGGGCAAGAUCAACUCUAUCACCCUGGAUAACUGUAAGAAGGUGGGGCUGGUGUUUGAUGACGUGGUCGGGAUUGUGGAGGUGAUCAACUGCAAGGACGUCAAGAUCCAGGUCCUGGGGAAGGUCCCCACCAUCUCCAUCAACAAGACGGACGGCUGCCACGUGUACCUGAGCCCCACCUCCCUGAGCUGCGAGGUGGUGAGCGCCAAGAGCUCCGAGAUGAACGUGCUGGUGCCCGGCGAGGGCGGGGAUUUCACGGAGCUGCCGGUUCCGGAGCAGUUCAAGACGGUGUGGAACGGCAGCAAGCUGGUCACCACGGCGACAGAGAUCGCAGGAUAGAGGGGGACUACCCCCCCCCCCCCCUUCCCCAAGCACCCAAUCACAGAGUGGCACAGCAUCUAUUAGCUUCCAUCAUCAAAUCGGAGAACAGCUUGCUUUUUAAUCUGCAUUCCUUCAUCCAAUCAAAAAGCAGCUUUCUCUAAUGGGCAUUCCUAAAUCCAAUCACAGAUUUCUCUCUCUCUUUGGGGGGUGGGGACUGGGAGGUAUACUAUCCAGUCUGCUGCCUCUGUGCCAGGGGGCGAGGGGAGGACAUGUGUACUCAGAUAUGCAACUGCACAUUACACCUCACCUGUCAUUCCUUUACAAUCAUUAAUCUAUUCAUUCCUUCAUUAGAAGAAGAAUAAUAAUAAAUAAAAUGCUAGUUUCAUGUUUUUUGUUUAUAUAUAAAAAUGAAUAAAUGAAAUCUCCCAUGGCCUUGGUCUCCCCGGACUCGAGUGGGUUUUCUGUGUGAUUUUAGUCUCGUUUCUGCGGGAGGGAGACUGGCUUGGCGGUUCCUAUAACAGAUGCAGCCGGGACUGUGCCUGCUCUGUGUUUCUGCUCUUCUUUGAUUUCAGAGUCCGGUUGAAUCUCAGCGGCACACGCAUGCAGCACUUAUCUUUUUUGUUUAGCUUCUUAAAAGCAGAAACGGGGGCUUUCAGACGCACCGCGGACGUUUAGAGAGGCAAGGAGUUUUCAGAGUGGUUUGUGGAGUAUCGGUUCGGGGUGCGUGGAGAUGGAGAUGAUCGUGAUAUUAAUAAUAUAAAUGCAGCUUGUCUGUUUGCAUGGGUUCCUCCGCAGGGAUAGCGUGAACGUUUAGAGAGAGGUUUGAGGAGUUGGAGGUGAUAGUGAUAUUAAUAAUAUAAAUGCAUCUUGUCUGUUUGCAUGGGUUCCUCCACACUCCGACAGCGUGGGGAGCUCCCGUGUGAUUCGAUUGGGUUAGAUCUGGUUUAGAGGGUGUUCGUUUAAAUAACGGUUUGCAGUUCAGGUCUGUUUGCCUUCAGAAAGUUUGUAGCGAGGUAGGUGACCGAGGAGAGAUUGAGUUUGAAAUCGAGGGGCCGGAGCGCUUUUAUUAUUUAUCAUUACUUUCCAAUCACUUAACAUGCCUUUACUGUAUUAAAAUAGAGCGGAAUUGGGGAGAGAGAGAAGGGAAGAGACAGGUAGUGGAAGCAUUUAGUACACAGACGUUCAUUAAUAAAAUAAACUAAAAUGUACAUUGGAACUGAUCUUACCAUCCCCAGUGCUAGUCUCUCUUCCUCUCCAUCUCUGCUUCUCUUACUGUACUGGGAGGGAGGUGGGGGGCAGGUUUAUAGGGACUCUCGUGGUUGUUUUUUUAUAUUCAGUUGAUUUUUCUGUUAUAGUUCCAGCGCUGAGCUGCAUUAACGCCCCUCUCUCUCUCUCUCUCUGUCUCUGUCUCUUUUGCUUCAGUUUUAACUUCUUCUUUGUAUAAUUUUUUGCCCUGAAAUAAUCGUUGGAGGAGGAGGAGGAUAUUUACAGUAAAGAUGCAAUAAAAACCCGCUAGAUUUGCUGA